CUCUGUCGGCUGGCUGACGGUGUGUUGUGUGUUUGAUGGUUUGAGCUCUGGCUCCCAUGUCAAUAUCACGCUUAAAUGUUUAAAUGUAAUGCGAUGGGAUUCUUGUGAUCAUGGAUAGAACACAAAUGCUAAUAUUGUCUUUCGUUGUGCUGGGAUUUGUCGGAGUAUGUGGCGCCCUGUUGUGCAACUGCACCACAUCUCAGUGUGAAAAGAAUGGCUACCGGUGUGAGACCACGGGUGCGUGCAUGGCAUCCACCUCCUUCAUCGAUGGCCAGGAGCAGCACGUGCGAAUCUGCAUCGACAAGGACAAGCUAGUACCCCCCGGGCAGCCUUUUUUCUGCCUGAGCGCCGAGGGUCUGCUCAACAUCCACUGCUGCUACACAGACUACUGCAACAGCCUGGACCUCAAAGUGCCCUCAGUGACGGUGCAACCCGACUCGGGAGCACCGAUGGGAGGAUGGGGCCCGGUGGAGCUGGCAGCAGUGGUAGCGGGCCCCGUGUUCGUGCUUUGUGUCCUGGUGCUGCUGGGUCUCUUCCUCUUCCAGCACCACCAGAGGGCCUACGGCCACAGGCAAAGACUGGAGGUGGAAGACCCCAGCACUGAGCACCUAUACCUGGCCAAGGACAAGACCCUGCAGGACCUCAUCUACGACCUGUCCACAUCAGGCUCAGGAUCAGGUCUACCCUUGUUUGUGCAGAGAACAGUCGCACGGACUAUCGUGCUGCAGGAGAUCAUUGGGAAAGGCCGCUUCGGGGAGGUGUGGAGGGGCAAGUGGAGAGGAGGGGACGUGGCUGUGAAGAUCUUCUCCUCUCGGGAGGAGCGUUCCUGGUUCCGUGAGGCUGAGAUCUACCAGACCAUCAUGCUUCGCCACGAGAACAUCCUAGGCUUCAUUGCUGCCGACAACAAAGACAAUGGCACAUGGACUCAAUUGUGGCUGGUCUCUGAUUACCAUGAGCAUGGCUCUCUGUUUGACUACCUGAACCGAUACACUGUCACCAUCGAGGGCAUGAUCAAACUGGCACUGUCUGCAGCCAGUGGCCUGGCACACCUGCAUAUGGAGAUACUGGGCACACAGGGUAAGCCUGGUAUUGCUCAUCGUGAUUUGAAAUCUAAGAACAUUCUGGUAAAGAAGAACCUCACCUGUGCCAUUGCUGAUCUGGGCUUGGCAGUACGCCAUGAGUCUGCCACGGAUACCAUUGACAUAGCUCCCAACCAGCGCGUUGGCACAAAGAGGUACAUGGCACCCGAGGUGUUGGACGAGAGCAUUAACAUGCAUCACUUUGACUCCUUCAAAUGUGCUGAUAUCUAUGCCCUGGGUCUGGUGUACUGGGAGAUUGCCCGCCGCUGCAAUGCUGGGGGUAUCCAUGAGGAGUACCAGCUGCCCUACUAUGACCUGGUGCCCUCUGACCCUUCCAUUGAGGAGAUGAGAAAAGUGGUGUGUGACCAGAGGUUACGACCAAAUGUGCCCAACUGGUGGCAGAGCUAUGAGGCCCUGCGUGUGAUGGGGAAGAUUAUGAGGGAGUGCUGGUAUGCCAAUGGUGCUGCACGUCUUACUGCUCUACGCAUAAAGAAGACCCUGUCGCAGCUCAGCGUGGAAGAGGAUGUCAAGAUGUGAAAGGAAAUGUCAAGCCAAGCCACAACCGAAGGGCGCCGUCAAAAGAAAGUACAAAAGUUCUACUGCUCAAAACUAUCCUGCCAGUUUGAAAAGGGAGAAAAAAAAACACUAACCCAGUCCACUGAGUUGUGACGUGGUCUACCUCACCCUCACAGCCAAAACUACUGAGAAACGAUCAUACUUUCAGCUCCCAUGUCCUGACAAACUGAACUUGAACUUCCCUUUCCACAAUCCCUUUCUCCAUGUAUGGCCACAGACUGGAAGUCCUGAACACUACUGAUCUACUGUUAGCACUGCUGUUUCUAAUCUCUUGCCUAUCCCAAGGUAAAUGUGGAUUACCAUUGAUUGAUUAAUGUAAUUCUUUUACUUUUUAAUGUGAUUCUUUAGUUUUGAGCUUUUAAUCAUCACCUUACAGCAGCAGCUCACUCCAUAGUCCACUUCUUAAAUUUUGUUCAUACAUUUACUAGCUGUAUAUUGUGUAAACUCCAGAAUAUGGGGGUUGCUUUCAUGAAAAAUGAAAUGUGGAAGUGUGUUUGCACAUAUCUUAUUGCACUCCUUCUGUUAUUGUUUUGAAAAAUGCUAAUUGCCUGUGUUUAAAAGUGAUGAGGUUCCUCAGACCUUAGCAGGAUAUAAAAGAGGAGACAGAUUAAGCAGGUAGUCCAAGCAAUUCAUUUCAGGAGGAGCUGACAAAUCUGAAAUGAAAAACUUAAUGUUGUGACACUACUGACACACAUGUGGGCUUGAAUAAGAUUAAUGAGAGCCAGAGUGUGGUUGAAACCUAUUUUUUAAUGUGAAUCAUGAAUUUGUCUGUUUAGCCACAUUGUUUCUUUUGAUUGAGCAAUGUUAGGUCAGCCACAUUGAAAUUGUCAUCAUAAUCUUUUUUGCAUGUGUCUUACAAUGUUUUGUGAGCAUGAACUGGAUAAUUGCCAACUCCAUCUAUGAAACACACUUGUGAAUGGUACAUUUAUAUAUUUAUUUUAGAUUUUAGAGUCUCCAUUUGUACUUUUUUAGUGUCAUUAGGACUCCCUUGUACUCCACAAGCAAAGCUAAUGUACAUAGACUUUAUUUUUUGGAAGGUACAGAAAUGUACAUAUCUUGACCUGGUUUUGAUUUUAGAUUGCUUUGAUACUAAGAUAAUUGAAAGUGUUGGAGAGGAUUUUUUUGUACAUUGAGUGACCUUUAGCUGCUGCCAGAGAGGGCCUAUAGUGCCGUGCUGGAGCUGGAGAGAGCUGUUGGCUCCAACUGUCUGAAUAUGUCCCAGUCUGAACACGGCAAUGUUCACUGAACUGCCAUGUCUGUUGGCAGUUGUCAGAAAGGGUGCAUAGCCUAAUGUACAGGGCUGCUUUCCCAGAGCAGGAUUAGUCCUGGAUCUAGACUGAGAGAAAAUUUCAACGAUGAAUCACCACUUAAAAUACAAUUUAACCCAUGACUAGGCUUAAUCUGGGUCCAGGAAGCCAGCCCAAAGUACAGUUUCAGGAGAUUCACUUUGUUGCUUUUCACUGUAGCGUCAAAUCAUGCAACACUUAUGAUAAUACCUAUUUAUUAGUUAACAUUUAACCAUAAAACUAGAGCUUAGUACACUUUAAGGUUCACUCAGUAUUCACAGGGAACACAUCAUGUAGGAAUAAUUGCCUGACAAACCAAAAGGCUCUUGGUCUUUUAAUCUUACACCCAGAGUGUGAGAAUAUAGACACAGGGUAGGAGACCCUGUAAUGGCUCCUGUUAAAACCGAGAUUAGUGGCCUGUGCUGUUUUUACACUGUAUUUUUGACUACUGUACCUUAGACAACCUGAGUUACUUUUCUAUAUUCACUCAGUACUACUGCCCUGUUCUUGCUCACGCUCCUGUACUCUUCUUGAUAUGCAAGAUGUAAAUAGUUUGUAUAAUGUAUGAUUUUUUGAUGUCAGAAUUUUUGAUCCUGUAGACAGUUUUGGUCUUGAAGCUUGCAGUAUUUUUGUGAUUUUAUUUUCUUUGGUGAGUGUAUAUUCAAAGGUACUAUUCUUCUCAGUCUUUCUCCAUCAUUUCUUUCAGUCCCUAUAGAAUAUUAGAGGAAACUGUUGUAGUGCUUUAUGUACCAAAUUGAUUGUUUGCAGUAUAGUUACUCAGUCUUAAUGAUAGGUGCACAGAUACUGACUAAACAUAUAGGAUACAUAAACUAUGAAAGGAAAACAGUUCUUUUUCUCUCAGAUUCAAAGAUAUCUUGGCAAGAAAUUGUUAAUCAAAACCUCUAGCACGUGAAAGCCAAAAAAUGUAUAUAUUUGUGGUAAAGGUUGGUUUUUUUUAAGCCUUGUUGUAGGGAAAUAUUAUUUGUGUUUAUUACACUGGAUUACACUACUGAAGUACAUGUUACUCAAAAGGUAAAUUUACAAGUUAAAUCCAUUCUGCUGAUCCUGAGAGUUCUCACAGGGCAAUAUCAAUGAAUUAUGAUAUUUUUAGGUACAGAUGAGAACUGUUUUACCUCUACUUUAUUUCUGUACUGUUAAUCUUUUUUUUUUUUUUUCUCUUUGGUUUUGAGCUCUCUAGCUGAAAAUGUCUGUACAUACAUAUUUAUGGCUUCCUGACAAGGUUACUGCUGCUGGGGGGCUUUGGAGCAAUGAGCAUAGUCAGGGUCAUAAUGAUGAAUUUAGGCUUGCCAGAACGAUUCUAAUUCAGAAGACACCUGUGCAUCUCCCACACCUCAAAUGCCACAUUAUUAAUGGUAUACAGGCACAAUAUGAGCUCUGUGUAUUCCUGUGACAAAAGGUAUGGAGAAAAUUGACCCUCAAAUCUAAAAUGACAAUAAUCUCACUGAGCUCCUAAACCCAAUGAGAGUCUUUUCAGGAAGUUUCCAAUCAUGUACAUAGGUAAUAUACAGUAAUAAAAAGAUUUUACUAAA